UUUUGAGCAAAAAGAUCCCAAACUAUGCUGGACCAGCUGCUCGCGCGGGUGCGCCAGGCAGGGUCAUCCAAACAUGUAAACAUCGUGGCGUACUCUGGCGGUGUGGACUCGUCCCUAGUGGCCGCAUUGGUCCACCGCGUCUUUCCCGAGAACAGCAUUGCAUGCCUAGGUGUGUCGGCUGCAUUGCCGCAAGAUCAGUUGCUGUUGGCGCGCAAUGUCGCGUCGGCCAUCGGGAUUCCGUUAUGGGAGGCACGUACAAGCGAAGGCAAUGAUCCCCGCUACGUCGAAAACAAAGGCCAAAGUUGCUAUUACUGCAAAACCAACCUGUACACUACGUUGAACCAAGUGGCCGCCCAUGUAAAAGCUCAAGGUUGUAGCUCAAGCCCAGGAGUGAUUCCCGUGAUGUUCAACGGCACCAACGCCGACGACAAGCUCGAUCCAACGAGGCUAGGUACAAAUGUACAUAUAUACAGUAGUAGUAGUACCCUUGUACUGUUUAUCAUGUUUUGCAUAGGACUUGUAGCCGCCACGGAAUUCCAAGUCGUGAGUCCAUUAGAACAUCUCUCCAAGGCCAGUGUGCGCCAGAUUUCAAAAGACCUUGGACUUCCCAAUUGGAACUACGCGGCGUCGCCAUGCUUGCGUUCUCGGUUGGCCUUUGGCGUAUCCGCGAAUCCUGACCAUUUAGCACGCAUUGAAAAAGCCGAAGGCGAGGUCCGAUCUUCGUUGGCUUUGGCUCGUACAGACAACCUACGCGUGCGGUUCUUGGCCAACAACCGCGCCGCCGUGGAACUGGACGCGGAGAAGGAGCGAGCGUUGCUGCCAACUCAAAUCCACCACGUGGAGACAAUUUGCAGAGACUUGGGAUUCGACCAUGUGGUUGUGCGGUCAUUUAAAAGCGGCAGUGUGUCUGGGUAUACUCCAUCGUCCUCCUCUGGGCCGUAGUAGUAUCUACUAGUACAAGUACUAGUGGAAGUACUAGUAACUGUUAAGGGUUAACGACAUUAUUGAUGGUUUUGGAUGCUGAA